UUCCAUAGGCACUUCUGCAUAUAAGAGUAACCCAAAUGCACCAUCUUCCAGGCUCGGCAUACUGAUGGAGGGCUCCACAAGUUCUACCUGUAGUACAGCCCCUGCUGCUGCUGCUGCUGCUGCCACCAGCAGUAGCCCUCCCAAAAUUUUAUACACUAAAUAUGAAUUGGACAUUGACAUGGAGACUGGUAAAAGGCCCAAGAAAUGUCCAGGGAAAGGGAAAGAGUCCAUUGAGUCCAUCUUGGAAGAAUAUUCUCAGCAAGUCAGAGAUCUGCAGAAGAAGCUAAAUGAAGCUACAGAACAGCAUGAGCAACAGAAAUUAACUUUAAGACAGACAAUAAUUGAGUUGCAGACAAACCUUCGGGAGGUAACGAGGGAAAAAGAGUCUAUAACUGAUCUCAGGCGAAAAGAGUCUCAAACCCAAGAGGAUCUCAAUUGCAAGCUGAAGGCUACAAUCAAUGAGCUGCAAACAGCCAAUCACCUUCAGGAAGAGAUGCUGAAGGAAGCCAACAAUCAAACAGAACAUCUGAAAAAGAUGGUACAGGGCCAUGAAGACAUCCUCCAGGAACUUCGCAAUGUCCUACUGGCCUAUGAAGAAAGUUCAGGAAAGAAGAUCUUUGAUCAGGAGAGCAUCGCCAACCUUCACGUCUGCAACCUUCCCAGGGCUUUCAGUAAAGUUCUGCGAGAUCUAGAUACAGAGAUAUCCCUGCUCAAAGCGAGGCUUACUCCAAUGGAAGAGCAAGUGGACAUGGUGAGGAGAGAAUCACAGUGCAAAACUGAAGCUUUGCUUCAACAGCAACAAGAGAGUGUUGAGAGACUGAUAAGUACACAUGAACAGGAAUUGGAAGCUCUGAACGAAAAGCUGAACAGCUCUCGCAGCCAUGCAAGCAACAUCGAAAGCCAGCUGGAGAUCAUCCAAGAGCAAGCAAGAAACCAGAACUCAUUGUACAUGCGACAGAUCAAUCAGCUGGAAAGCACUGUGUCCUCGCUGCGUUCUGAGCUCCGAGAAUCAAGGAGGAUGUCUCAGGACAAGAUAGAAGAGCUGGAGAAACAGCUGCAUUUGGUUCAUUCCGAGAUGGCGGAGGCUCAAAAUGAAAGGGACCAGUAUAGCCAGGAAACUGGAAACUUGGACGAUCAGGUUCAACAGUUGGUGAGUGAGCUUCAUAAGAAAGAUAUGGAGCUGAAUCUGGAAAAAGAGCAGAACAAGCGGCUCUGGGAUCGGGACACCGGCAGCAGCAUCACCAUUGACCACUUGCGGAGGGAACUGGACAACAAAAACAUGGAACUGCAACGCAUGGAGUCCAUCGUGUCGUCCAUGAAGAUGGAGUCCCAGGGGCAAAUGGAACGUCAGAUGUCUGCAAUUAAGGAAAAGAACGAAAGCAUCGAGAGGAUGGCGUCCAUGGCCUCCCAGCAAGAGUCCACCAAAGAGAUGCUCCGCAAAGUCGUGGAGGAGCUGACGGAGAAGAAGGUGAGCUUGGACGCAGCAGAGAAGCACGUGGCAGAGCUGACCUCGUGCCUGCAGGAGAAGGAGAAGGUGAUCGAGGCGACCAACGAGGAAAUCCAGAAGCUGCGCGGGCGCGUGGACGGGAAGCUGCAGGAGCUCCAGGUGCUGAAGAGCGAGAGUGACCACAUGCGGAGCGUGCGCUCGGAUUGCGACUCCCUGAGGCUGCAGGUGGUGGAGAAGGAGAAGGUGAUCGAGAUCCUGCGGAAGCAAGUCGAGAACAUGACUCAGAUCGUGGGCCAGCACAGUCGGACGGCUGGGUCGAUGGAGAUGGAAAAAUGCCAGCUCGCGAAAGAAGUCAACGACAAGAAAAUGGAACUCCAUGAGCUUAAGAUUUUGCUGGACAAGAAAGACAUCCAGGUUCGUGAGCUGGAGGCCAGGCUGAGCGAGAUGGAGCUGGAGAAGGUGAAACUGAUGAACGCCAGCUCUGAGAGGCUCCGGGCGCUGAAAGAAGUAAGCAUGGAAAAAGAAGAGCUUAUGAGUGAAGUAAAAAGCAGCCGCAUUGAGCUCGCUACGCUUGCAGAUGAACUGGAAAAUAUGAAGAGCAGCUACCGAGAUAAAAGUGAAGAGAUGGAAACCACCGUGGGCAAGCUGAGAGUGCAACUGAAGUCUGCUCAGAUUGAGCUGGAGCAAACCAGGGCCACUGUAAAAACUAUGGAGGGAUCUGAUGGCCACGGUAAUCCAAUGAAAGUUGCAAUGGGGAUGCAAAAGCAAAUCACAGCCAAGCGCGGACAGAUAGAUGCUUUGCAGAGCAAGAUUAAGUUCCUGGAGGAAGCAAUGACCAACGCAACUAAGGAGAAACAUUACCUGAAAGAAGAGAGAAAUAAGUUAAGCCAGGAAUUGAGCUGUGUGGCUUCUUUAAACAACAAAAUGGCUGGAGAGCUGGAGGUUCUUAAGUCACAGGAUAAACGAUUGAGAGAAAAACUUGCUACCAUGGAGGCAGCACUGGAUAAAGCUUCUAUGCAGUUUGCAGAAUGUCAGUGCAUUAUGCAGCGGCAGGAACAGGAAGCGAUGCGCUUCAAGCUUCAGCACACUUUAGAUGUGAAAGAGCUGCAAGGACCGGGGUACCUGCUGGGCUCCUCUUCAGCCAGGCCACGCCUCUCAUCCUUGCCUCAUUCCCACUCUUCUAGCGCACCAGCAUCCCAAGCCUUCGCUGGCCACAUCAUACCAUCCAGGGCCAGCUGCCCUGGCAAGGAUGACCCAUUACGAGAUUUAAAGCAACUCCUUCAAGAAUUGCGGUGUACCAUCGAUGAGAUCCCCUCUACCAUUCUCCCCAGAAGAGAAAGUGACAGCGAGCCCGAUUCAAUUCUGGAAGGCGCUAGCAAUUUAUUGGACCUUGCAAGCAGAGACUGCAUUGGCAGGAGAUCACAUGAAACUUACAGCAGGGAAACUGCAGUCCGGGACAUGCCUUCCGAUGUCAGCAUGGGGCAAGAUAGUUUCAGCAGGGAACCUUUAACGUUACAUGCUACAGACCUCGAAGAUUCAGAUGCUACCCUUCCCUUCACGUCCAGUGUGUCUAAAGGAAUCUUCAGUUCCACUCCUCGUUUUACUUCUUCAAAUAAACUGUCCCCAGAGGAGAGGUACAAAGACAGGUCUCCCGUGCACUCACUGUUAACGGCUCAUCUGGAUGACCUGAAGGUAACUCCUGCAACCUGUUCAGAACGCCGGUCAAGUCUGAAGAAGAGCAGCUCCCCGGAAGCUACAUCAUCUUCUGCCUGUAGAAGUAUCUCCUUUGGCACCUCUUCUAUUCAGGCAGGGGAAGCCAAUGGAAACGCCUGCAGGAAAUUACAGAAUAAGAUGGAGAGUCUGCAAAACCUAGUGGAAACAUUGCAGUUGAAAAACCAAGCAAUGUCCACAAUGAUCCGAUGCCAGGAAAAGAAGAUCGAGAAGGCGAAGGAGAAGGAGAAGAAGCUGUCCAAAUGAAAUGUGGUGUGGUUCUCAGUCGCUCAGAUGUAUGUAGAUUGUGCUCUGUUAAAUGGAAUGCUAAAAGCCUACCGUUACUGUUUAAUAAUAAAAGUUGCCAUAGUUUUGUAA